AUGACGACCUGUAAUUAUAACGCCGCUUGCAUUGGAUGCGGCAUUGAAGAUCUGAUGAUGCAAACCAGAAAGUUCAAGUGCGACGUCAUCGAACUGACCGAGACGAGGCGACGACAUCCACUAAAUGCCGUGUAUGGCACUGGAGAAGAAUUGUUCUUAGAAACAUGCGACAGUAGAGGAAUUGGUGGAGUUAGUGUCCUCGUCAAUACGGAUAUGGCAAUAAACAUCGACUCUUCCGAACAACUUACGACCCGCAUCGGAAGUCUGCGGAUGAGAAGAUGUGGUCCAACACCAGCUUGA